AUUUGAUUUCCUUUUUCUUCCCUCCACUUUUCUCUUCUGUUUUCGUUUUCAACGACCUUGGUGUCGAUUCCUUCAUAACUUGUGUACUAGCAGAUUUCCCCACUCUUCUUUCCAAAUAGAAACGCGCUCGAGCCAGCCAGGUAUGGGCUUCUUCUUUCGGUGAGGACGUAAGGUGAAUGAAGUAUUGAGAUUCCUACCGACGAGCGUUUUCUCCAAUGGCGGAACCCUACAACUUUAACGGAGAAUCGGUAGACCCGGUUGUAGAAGUAGAACUCUCAGGAGACGAAUCCGACUCCGACUCCGGGUCCGACUACGAAGAUGACGGACCUCCGACUCCGGCCGAAGAGGAGGAGGAGGGGGACGAGUACAUUCCAAUUGCCCCGUCGCCUAGGGUUCCAGUCAAUCAUGUUCCUUCGCGUUCCAGCCGAGUGCUGAGUGUUAAUGUUGAAGGGGAGAGAACUAAAAGAAGAAGGGGGGAGGAAGGAAGGGUUGCUGCGGCAGUAGCAGCUGAGGUAUGCUCGCCGAGUUCUCAAGGUAGCCAGUGGAAUCGUGUUGAAAUUGACGGCCUUUUUUGCUCGAUUUGCAUGGAAGCCUGGACCAGUGAAGGAGAUCACCACAUUUGUUGUCUUCCUUGUGGCCACCUCUUUGGUUUGUCUUGCAUUAACAAGUGGUUGCGCCAAAAACGAAGUUCUGGAAAGUGCCCCCAAUGCAACAGGAAAUGUACAUUGAAAGAAGUGAGGAAACUGUUUGCACCCAGGAUUGCUGUGGUUGAUGAGGAAUCGCGGAAGAGAAUUCACUUUCUAGAGACCAAGUGUGCAUCUCUUGAGAAGAAGGAUGCUGAGUGGUCCAAGAUUGAAGCUCUGUGGCACAAGAAGGAAUCUGAAUUACAACAGAAAAUUAAACAACUUGUUGAGAGAACAGUUCAGAUGCAGCGUUCAUUGGAUAAUUUCAACAACACCGUGGCAGGAUUAUAUACUGCUCGUAGGGGCCAUCAUGUACCAUUUAUACCUGAUAAUACUGCUACUUCAAACUUCAGCAUGCAGGGCUCUUCUGGCAGCUUUGAGUUACAGGAAGAGCUGUAUGUGGAAGGCGCACGCUUAUUUGACAUUAAUAUUUCCAGUCAAACGGUAUUAGUUGCGAGAAGAGCACCUAAGGUUGGUGGAUGCCAUUUUACCAAGAUCAGCUUGAUGCCUCCACAUGGAACCAGUGAAAUUUUUCAUCCACUUAGUACAAACAUCAUCAAAGACUUGCAUUUUUGCCCACGUAAUACAAGUCUUGUGCUGUUUGCUUCCUUGGGGAAAAAGCUAUCCAUUCUGAGUUUGGAAAGCAACAACAUCAGUCUUUCAUAUGACUUGCCGUGUGCCGCUUGGUCAUGUUCUUGGGAUAUAAACAGUCCACAUCAUGUUUAUGCAGGCUUACAGAAUGGCAUGUUGUUGGAAUUUGACACACGGCAAACUGCAAAGCCUCUAGAAUCCAGGUCGGGGCUCUCAAAUAAUCCGAUUCAUACAGUACACUCUCUUCCAUACAAUGGGACUCUGCCUAUUGGUGCCAGAACAGUGCUUUCUGCUUCCUCUAUCGGCAUAUGUCAGUGGAAUUUUGAAGCUGCUGAAGAAAGGCCAUCUUUAGUCCCCACGAGUGGAAAUCAAGGAGUCUGCAUCUCGCUAGCACACUGUCCCACCACUGAGAACAUUGUAGCUUCGUACCGUCCCAAGGUUGAGACAUUACCAUCCUGUGAAGUUGCUGCUACUGGUUCACAAGCAUUUGUCAGCCACUCCUCCCAAGCUAUCGGGCAAGGAAUUCAGGGUUCUCAUCUCCACUUGAAGAGAACGGGCAGCAGUUAUGAGACUUUGGGCAGUGCAUCGGCAACUGUAAGCAACAUCAGACUGCCCCGAUGCACCAUCAUAUGCCGGAAGCAGGAGCAGCUGCAGCAGCAGCAGCCUUGUUUGUUUGUGUCUGGGGAUGAAGCUGCACAAGGGUUGCUGUUGCAGGAGCUGCCGUCGUUUGCAUUUAAUCAGCGCCUUCAGUCAUCCCGCAAGAGCUUCAUCUCUGACGUGAAAUAUGCAAGUAGUGCCAACAUCCAAGGGGGUGGCGUGUUGGGGUGUUUAAGCGAGUCUACCUUGCAACUUUUCACGACCAGGAGAUAAAACGAUGAAGAGUUAGGUAAUCUUCUUGGGGGCAUCUAAAUCAUGUUCAAUCAAAACUCACUUGGUUGUUAAACUUUCCCCUUCCUUUUGUUAGUUUGUUCACUUGUUCUGUUUUUAUUGUAGGUGUUUGUGGAGUGACAAACUUUUUGUCCAGUUCUUUCUCGAGCGGCAUAGAGAGAGACUGCUGUUUGUAUCCGUAUAGCUAUAGCUAGGAGUAAGCGAGCUUGAUUCAUGGAUCGAUCUCAGCUGUAGGUUAGAGUUAGAGGUGGUUCCAACCAAUUGAUUGUUUUCCUUGAUAGUUAUACAGUUUUAGUAGAUACAAACAUUUUUGUUGAUAAUUUAUUGUGUGAUUGGCAUAAAUGUUUCUUUUUUUCUAUGACCAAAACUAGAGAGCAUAACAUAGGAAAAGAAAAUGCGAGGUGAGGUAUACACCAUCUAUGAACAUCAUAGUAUUCUGAUUGGGUCAGCUAGUGAUGCAGAUUUAUUUAUAAUUAAGAAAGGGAACAAAGGCAGCAACUUGAGAUAACCCAGAUAGCUUGGGUUAGUCUGCUAAG